AUGGACGACCUUCUUCCAUCCUACGAAAGCGUGAUGCGACGCGAUCCUUGGGUGCUCGUCGCUCCAUAUCUGCCCUCUCAAGAUCUGUGCUCUGCAGCUCUAGUUUGUCGGCAAUGGCACCAAACUUUCACACCGAACCUCUGGGGUAGUCCAGCCUCACAUUUUGGGGUCGAGAACGAUACUGUUUAUGUGGCACUCACACGGUUUAAGCGUACUUUGCCUUAUGCGCGAGCCUCCGUACGGGAGCUUACGCAUACUUUACGUUUUCCGCCAGCCCAUGCGGAGCUGUAUGAUGGGCCGCAUGCAGAAUGGCUCCGAGACUGCCUCGAGCACCUGCCUCGUCUACAGUGCUUGAUCGUAGAUAGCCUGCCAUUCUUCGAUCAUGCUUCUCUCUUGAGCCUGCGACACUCGAGUCUGCGAUGGAGGUCAGCUCGCCCCACUGCGUAUCCAGUGUUCGGCUUACGCCUACUCGACGCUUCCAGCUGCAUGAAUGCAACAUCAAUGGGUCUUGCUGAAGCCCUACCACAUUUUCCAGAUCUCGUCUCAUUGGAUCUAUCAAAAACUGCAGCUGCGAGAGACAAGGCAGUUCUAUCCACCCUAAAGUACCUCCGGAAUCUAAGAGUCCUGAACCUCCGUGGCACUGGAAUCAAGGAUGAAGAGUUUUCGAUAGUUGCGCACGCAAUUGGAAGUCGUGUUAGAAGUCUUGACAUAAGCAACAACUUCUUGACAGACACUAGCGUCCGACUCCUUCUCGAGUUAUGCUUGAAAGAGACUACUAUUGCAGCGCAUACCUCUCGUGCCCCACUGCCGCCGGUUCAGAAUGCAGUCCCUACCGACGAACCGGGGGCGUUCGAGUCAGAAAAUCUUGUGGGUCAUCUUCGCAAGAAACUCACUGAGGGUUUCGUCGGUAGCCUUGCAAUAGAAGAAACCAGCGAUGUCGGAGUAUCACAUUUAUUUCUCUCGAGCAACGCCGUAACUGUUGAAGGCAUAUCGGCUUUACUGCGGUCUGGGCGUUUGCAGGUCCUGGAUGUAGGCAUACUACCUGCUGUAGUGAGAAAUCCUACUGCCGUCUCGCCAGGAUCACCGGACGACGACUUAGAGCUGCCUAGCGUAUCAAAACUCGCUCCCGUUCUGAAUGAGUAUGCUUCGGGUAAUCUGAGAUAUCUGAGGAUCAACUACGAAUUGGUAACAGAAGAUGCGCCUCUCGAAGUGCCCAGAUCGCCACGCGCGGAACUCGACGGGGACCUUGGCAUAUAUAAGCCUACAGGUGCGCAUGAACUCGAAGCUGUCCAACUACCGAUAGCUGAGCUUGAUUCGCAAUCUGCGGCUGUUCUUGAGGCGCCUGGGGAUGCAUCAUACCCGGCUGAGCUUCCUGGCUCGCCAAUAGCAUCUCUGUCCUCAGCACCUAUCAAGUCAACUUCGGGCAACGCUGAUAAUGACAAGCAGAGCGCCACAAUCGUUCCUGAGAUAAGCGUUACUCUGCAGCCACUACAGAUCAAUCGAGGCCCUGCAUAUGCCCCAGAGCCCAUGCCUGUAGAUCCGCCGUUGACUCCACUUAGCCCCUUAAGGAUCAAUGAGAACUACCAGCCUGGCUCAGUUGAAGGUGUUCCCAACACACGAGGAACCUUUGCACCACCCACAACAACUUGUGAUAGUAACAUGCCGUCCCAGCUGACAGGCAAUACUGCGAUUAGGUCUCGGGCGAGCUCCUUCUACUACAUCGAAGACAGGAAAGCUCGUUUGGACUUUCGUCAAGCAUCUCAGCCUCGACUACAUCCUGGAGUGCUUCCAAAGCUUCACACUCUUGUUCUUACCGGCGUACCAACCAUGACAAUCGAGAAGAAGAUUAUUCAUCGAAUCAUACAAUACAUCCAAGACGCGGCUGAGGAAGCCUCAAUUGCUAGGAAGCGCGCUAGACAUACAUACGUACUUCCACCGGGCCGGAGACGUAUUGUUGCAGAAGAAGAGUAUGCACGCAACCAAUUCGCCCUUCGAAGAGUGGUGCUUGAGAUGGCGCCCCCGCAGCCAACGCCAAAGAAGAUCACCAGUAGUUGGCGGGCUUAUCCAACGAAAUCAUCUACAGAGGACAGAGAUUCAGAAGCAUUUUGGGACGCUGCAGCGCAUGACUUCUCCUUCUUCGAUGACGAAGAGUGCGGGCAACCCGGUCGUGAGCCAGAUCGCACCCUUCCUUUAGCAGCUAUGGAUGGGCUAGAACUUGCACCUAGCCAUCCUGCCGUACCGGCAGAGCCAAGCAAAAAUAUACUUGAAACGGGGCCGUUGCUUGAUGUGGCAGGAGAGAUAGGAAAGUUUCGCAGAGAAAGGAAAGCCGCUUAUAACAAUUUAAUGGCGAUGGGCGAGGCUGAACCGGAUGUGGAGGGAUACUGGCCUGGAGACAUUACGGUCCUGAGGAAGCCAGUAAACUCAGAAGCUGGCGAACUUGACUGCUAUGGCAACCGUUACGAAUCUGGUUGGUACUACCGUUGA